AUGUUUCGCAUGCUGGAGGGUCUGCUUUGCCGCAGUUACCUCACCGUUGUCCUUGCCCUCGUCGGGCUGAUCUACUUAGUGUCGAUUUUCCUCUACGGAAGAUAUUUCCAGCCACUAGCCCGGCUACCUGGGCCUGGGCUUUCAAGGUACACUGAUAUAAUUCUGAAAUAUCAUUGGCUCCGCGGAACUCGAGCACAAUAUGUCCACUAUCUUCAUCAGCACUACGGUCCCAUUGUCCGUAUUGGACCCAACGAAGUUGACAUCUCUCAAAUCAGCGCCGUCAAAGAGAUCCACAGUAUCAAAGGCGGCUACAAAAAGUCCCGAUUUUACGAGCUACUCGUGCCCGGCACAACCAACGUCUUCAACUCGACAGAUACGGAAUUUCACCGUCGACAUCGUCGCAUUUUGUCCUCCCCUCUUUCGGAGUCGUCUAUCAAAAAUGUCGAAAUAGCUGUUGACCAGAAAGUCAAAUUAGUGAUCAGCAAGAUGGCGGAGGAAAUGGCGGCGAGACAAGUCACAGAUAUCGCAAAAAUGUGGUUAUUUAUGGCAACUGACAUUAUUUCUGAGUUGAGCUUUGGCGAGUCAUUCGGCAUGUUGGAAGCUGGAAAGAAAAACCAGUAUAUCGAAGACCUAGAAGGACUAGCAGCUAGAGGCCCUAUCCUCACAACUUUUCCAACCCUCAUUGCCGUUGCCAGAAAGGUCCCCCUUCCUGUCCUUCAAAAGACAGCGGCAGCGGCGGCGAGGCUGAGGAAUUACGCGCAGCAGGCUGUCCUCAGGUACAAGAGAGACUUCGCCAGCAACCCAGCUGCAGCUAAGCCAAUGCUGUUCAAGAAGUUAUUUGAAGCAGGCGAAGAUGGUCUCUCCGAUGAGGAGAUCCGGGCUGAAGCACAAGCCUACAUUGUCGCUGGCUCUGACACCACUGCUACCACCUUGACAUACCUGAUCUGGUCUGUCUGUCGAGAUAAUGAAGUCAAGCAAACUCUCGUCUCAGAGCUUAACAAACUCCCGACCGGCUUUGGUGACAGCGAUCUUCGCUCGCUCCCGUAUCUCAAUGCCGUCAUUGAUGAAACGCUGAGACUCUACGCGGCAGCGCCAUCUGCCCUUCCUCGGGUAGUGCCACAUGGUGGUUCUACCUUGGCUGGAUAUUACCUUGCGCAAGAAACGGUUGUGUCGACACAAGCAUGGACAUUGCACCGUGAUCCGACGCUAUUCCCGGACCCUGAGCGAUUUGACCCCUUAAGAUGGUUAGAGGCGACCAAAGAGAUGAGGGAUGGGGUUAUGCCAUUCGUUUGCAUCGGCAAGCAUCUCGCCAGAAUGGAACUUCGGCUGGGCACUACACGAUUCUUCCGCGCCUUUCCUUCUGCGACAGUAUCGAGAAGCAAGGGCAUGUCCGAUCAAGAUAUGAUUCCCAAAGUGUUUUUCUUGCUGGCACCAAGUGGAGGGCGUUGUCUUGUUGAAGCCAGAUAA